AUGCUGCAAGCAGAUUUGGUCUUCGUGACUGACGCUGCCAUCUGCAUUGGACCUCCCGAUGUCUUCGAUCCGUCUGGGGUCCGGCAGGCAGUUCAGGUUGCGGUUGAGCGUCAGAGCCCGGCCCAUGCCCGCUCUGAAGCUGCAGGACCAGUAGAAGUCGACGAGAUUCGACGAGAGGGCCGAGAGCUGCUGCUGACAGUGGACAGGCUCUUUUCCGAGAUGCAGGAGCUGCAGCAGGCGAACCUUCGUUUGGCGCAGCGCCUUGAUCUUGCCGGAAGCCCGCAUCGACGACAGGCAGCUGCCGCCUUGCAACAGCAGCAACCAGAAAUGACCGAGGAGCAGGCACUCGCGAUGCUUCCGCGGGAAGGAGAUCUGCCCGGCUUGCAGGCUCAAGUUGGCAGGAUGAGGGAGGAGAGUCAAUCACUGCGCUCGACCGUCGAUCGGCUGACGCGUGAGAUGGAGGAGCUCAAGAGGAUCAAUGAUGACUUGGCCGCCAAAGUGGAUGACGCCAACAUGCCAGACCCAUGA